AUGAAAAUAGUGAAUGAUAUAAUGAUUGAAUACACAAAACAAGUUAUGAAGCUAGGAAGAAGUUUGUUUCAAAUAUUAUCCGAGGCACUCGGUCUCGAGGCCAAUCAUCUCGUAGACACGAAAUGCGCGGAUGGGGUAGGUAUGUUGUUGCAUUACUACCCGGAAUGCCCUCAAACAGAGCUAACUCUAGGUGUGAGCAAGCACGCUGACAACGACUUCCUAACAGUGCGGCUGACUGACCAAGUACGAGGCCAGCAAGUCCUGUACCAGAACCAGUGGGUUGAUGUGCCCUUUGUGCCGGGAGCUCUGGUGGUAAUUAUUGGUGAUCUUCUUCAGCUUGUAACAAAUGACAGGUUUGUUAGUACUGAGCACAGAGUAGUAGUGAAUAGCUCGUGCUCGAGAGUUUCAGCCGCGUGUUUCUUAAGAUACAAUGCUAUUAGGUCCACGCAGCUGUGCACGCCGAUUGAAGGGCUGGUGUCUGAAGAUAAUCCACCUAGAUAUAGAGCAACUACUCUAGAGGAGUAUGUUACCCACUACAACUCCAAGGGACUAUAUGGAACUUCUGCUUUGUCACAUUUUCGUCUUUGA